UUUUCUAAAAACCAAUAAAAAUAUGUUAAGUGUCGUCUGGUGACAAGAGUGAGUCUCUGUACAUAUAUAUUUAAAAUAAGCAACUUCGUUCUUGUUCUGCGAGAUUGAUUGAAUGAAUGGCUCACUCAUCUCAUCAUCAUCAUCAUCUUCUUCUUAACCAUUUGACCAUUUAUCUUUCCCAAUCAAUCCCUUCUUCUUCUUCUUUGUGAUCUUCAGUGUUCAUCAGAACAGAGCAAAACAGAGCCAAUGAAGAUCCAGUGCGAUGUUUGCAGCAAAGACGAGGCUUCAGUAUUCUGCACCGCCGACGAAGCCGCCCUCUGUGAUGGCUGCGACCACCGUGUCCACCAUGCCAACAAACUCGCCUCUAAGCACCAACGCUUCUCUCUUCACACCCCUUCUUCAAAGCAACACCCUCUCUGUGAUAUUUGCCAGGAGAGAAAAGCUUUCAUGUUCUGUCAGCAAGACAGAGCGAUUCUGUGCAAAGAGUGUGACAUGUCGAUUCACUCUGUCAAUGAGCAUACCCAGAAGCAUGAUCGGUUCCUUCUCACUGGUGUGAAGCUCUCUGCUACUCCUAAGCUUUAUUCUUCUGCUUCUACUGCUUCAACACCCUCCAAGACCAAAUCUGGUUUAACCAAUUCCUCUGAUGCUAAGUCAAAACCUUCCUUUUCUUCUUGUUCUAAAUCUAACCUUUCACAUCAAGGUUUGAUUGCAAAGACAGUUCCUUCAGUAGAAUCAGUACUACCCCAUACUACUACCAUCAAUAAAGUUGGAGGAAGCUUGGUAACCAUGGCAGGAACAGGUUCCACUAGCAGCAUAUCUGAGUACUUGAUAGAGACACUCCCUGGUUGGCAAGUUGAAGACCUUCUUGAUUCAUAUGUUGUUCCCUUUGGUUUCUCUAAGGGUGAUCAUGACAUAUUGCAACAGUUUGAUGAUGCUGGUAUUGAGGGGAAUCUGUGUUCAUUCUCACCUAAUAACAAUGGGAUCUGGGUUCCUCAAGCACCACCUCCUCUGUAUUCUUCUCAGAUGGAUCGUGUGUUUGGGCAAAGUGUGACAAAAGAAGGUGGCACUACCAACAUCAAAGGUAGCAGCAGAUCAAGGUUGAGGGAUGAUGUUUUCACGGUUCCACAGAUUAGUCCUGAUUCCACUUCCAAGAGAACCAGAUAUCUAUGGUAGAAAAAUAAGCCUCAAAUUCGAAAUAGCCUCAGAAUUUCAACACCCUUGUUGUUUGUUUGUAUGUUUUUUGAUCCAUUCUCUCUCUCUCAUUUGGUUUUGUUUGACUGUUUUUCUCUUUUCCAAUUUCCACUGUCUUCUGAACUCAACUCUGCUUUUUUGAUAUAUAUAUAUGUAUGUGCAUCUUUCUCCCUGUGAGUGUAAAUAUAAAACUUCUCAUAGGAUUCCAAAUGCA